AAUGAAGACGUUUCCCGGCCCAAGCUUGAUCAGCCUUUGGGUAAAAGUUUUGCUCCUUUCUCUGACAUCCGACUAGCCACUCCACGCAGCUCUAUGCCUCCAGUGACGAAUCGUUCAUCCAGACAGCUGGGUCAUCAAGCCUUCCAACGACCUUCCACUGACAAUAGAUGUCUAUCUCAACGAGGUUUAGGGGGCAGCGGAUGGAAAAUGAUUUGUAUUGAUUGUCGGCAUGAGCAGCCAAAGGAACCACUGAAACGAACCUGGACUACUUCAGCCUAUUCUUCGCCAUCCUCCUCUCCACUCGCCUCAGCGUCAGUUUCUCUGUCAAACGAAGCAGUAAAAAGCUCCAUCUCUACUCCUACAGAUAUAAACCCCUCUAUCAACCUUCAAAAAGAUUCAGCUGAAGAAGCUAAACAUGAUAGCCUCCAUUCUCACAACUUGAGUCAUUUACACAUCGUUAACAGAACUCUGGAAACUGUUGCCUCGCCAACCGGAAUACCAGCCUCUUCAGUACCCCUAGCUGCUUCCUCUUCUCCCUCAUCAGAUUCACUGCCCUCUUCGCCUAGAGCUUGUGGCAGUGCGGCACCGCUUGGGCUCAUCGAGCUCCAUCUUCCGGUGAGACAGCUUCUUCGCCACAAUUGCCCACAUUGC